UUCCAAUGAUGAGGGCUCAACGUCUAACAAGGAGAAUUCCAAUCCCAGCAGCCGCCGCCGCCGACACACAGGCGCAGGAGUGGUCGACCGGAUCAGCCUCAAGCGGCAGGGCUCGUCUACUGUCUCAACCGGCAGCACCGGUGUGGGCAGGAUGGCCUUUGCGGCACCUGCGUCCACAGCAGCGAAUGGGGGCUUCAGGGUCCCUACACUGCUGCGGAAGGCAACGGCGAACUCGCUCAUGAGCACCGCGUCGACAGCUAGCUCAGGACCCAGUGCCGGUGCGGCCGGUAAUGGCAGUGGGUUUGGCGAAGGGGGCAAGAUCAAGAAGAACGCGGGCAAGAGGAGCGGGAUUAGCUACAUCGCGCGGGAGACGGACCGCCGCGCCAAGUUGGUCGAGGUGGAGAGGCGGAGGGAGGAGAAGAAGUUCAAAGCUGUUAAGGGCCGGGGCAAGGUUGUUGGUGGAUUGUUUGGGGCGGGCAAGUUCGAAUAAAAGGCUUGUUCAUGUCUUGGCCUAUGUGCGUCUCUUACUAUGCAAGGCCAUCAAAAAGAUGAAAUUGCCAAGACUGCUUUGGGAAGCGUGUGUCGAAUGGAGUUUGGGUCUAGGGGCGUGACGGAUAGGGAAUUCUGGCGUUUUUACCGAAUGUUACUUUCGUCCGUUUCCGUAGCAGCAACUUCUUAUACUGCCAUCUUUUGCGCACGAAGGAGUAAUGGAAAGUGCCAAAAACC